GGUCUUCAUAAAGAAAGAUAUCGAAUUAUAUGUGCAUACACAUAGUAGAAGUUUCUGAGAGGUUGCCAUGCAAGUGAUGCAACGCGGGCGCUAUAUAUAUAAACACACCUCUAGCUAGCUAAUUCCAUCAAAUCUCACAGUACUUGUCACCGGCUGCUUUUGAUUGAUAGCUCCAAACACGAAUUACAUCAGCUCAAACUCAAAGACAGACACUACUUUACUUGUAGGCUUAUAAGAUCACAAGGUACGUAGACUAAUUUAUUUUGAAUACAUGAUUUCCCAACUCUCUUAUCGUUUUUCCUUGAGCCGUCUGAGAUUGCAGUUGCAGGGGAACGGUUCACGAUAACAACCGAUUGAUGGACAUGUCAAAGGACAAUCCAGGUGGAGUCGAUCAUAAGGACCUUGAAUCUCAGCAAACAGUGUCAAAAGAGCUUGAACUGGUGCCCAUUGAUCCUAACCGCCGCUGGCGUACGAUUGUGCUGAUCCUUCAGGCACGCCAUAUUUUCAUCACCUUAGCAGCUGCUAAAAAUCCUGAACUUGGAUCUCUUACAGGAGACUUGGAAGUAACUAUAAGUACCCCUCAUCCUACACCACCUGAAGGGGUUACCGCCAAUGUAUAUUCCGACAACCCCAAUGACAGUGAAUAUCAGCUCCAGUUUGCCACCAUUUCCAACAUCAUAAAGACAAAGGAUUUAACAUCCUUACGUGACUAUGGAGGUGCCCAAGCAUUUGCAGAGGCUCUCGGUAGUGAUUUGGAGACUGGGAUCCCCACCAACGAUGAAGCUACUUGUUGUCGGCUCAAAUCCACCACAAAUUCCACUACUCCUGAACAGGCUGCUGCAAGAGGCUUCAUUCAGCUAGCCAAAAUAUAUUGCAACAGUUACAUGAUUCUCUUGCUUUUCGUGGCUGCUGUGCUCUCACUUUGCUUUGGAAUCGUGGAGGAAGGCCCGACGACUGGUUGGUUUGAAGGGGCCAUCAUACUUUAUGCCAUUAUCAUGCUCGUGGUUCUUCCUUCCAUACGUGAUUAUUGGCGGGAGUCUAAAGGGUUGUCCGGGAGGCAAAAACUGUUGGAGAACACAGAUGAAGUGGAGGUUGAGGUCUUAAGAGGCGGAAAUGAGGAGAAUAUCUCCUCAUCAGAUAUUUUGUUUGGUGACAUCGUGUGCUUGAAGAGAGGACAUCAGGUUCCUGCUGAUGGUUUAUUCAUAUCAGGUGGUUUCGUAGUCUUGGAUGAUCAAUUAGGGGCAGUAGUCGAUGCCGAUAACCCUUUUCUCUUCUAUGGAGCGAAAGUGAUAGAUGGCAAUGGUCUCAUGCUUGUGACAUCUGUGGGUGUAAACACAGUGUGGGGUGACAUGAUGAGCAGCAUAAACCAUUUGAAGAAGACACCAUUAGAGGCACAACUUGACAGGGUGAACACUUGUAUGCAGAUCAUUGGUCUCCUAAUCUCUAUCCUAAUCCUUGUGGUGUUGUUCUUGCGUUUUGAACUCAAAAAAGAACUGCACACCGGAGGAUCCAUGGAUCUAAGGGGAGAGCCAACUAAAAUGAACAUGUUUAUGGAUGCCAUCAAGAAAAUUGUCAUGAAACCAAGCGGAAAGAUUAGUAUCUUGACAACUUCUCUUACGGUGAUGCUGGUUGGGAUAGUAGAAGGGUUACCUUUCUGUAUCAACCUUGCCAUCAUUUACUGGAACAGGAAGGCUUUGAAUGGGAUGGCCUCUCUUCAACACCUGUUGGCCUGUGUCACCAUGGCUUCUGUUACAUCUAUCUGCACAGACAAAAACGGUGGGCUAACAUUGGAUUCAAUGGAAGUUGACAUGUGCUGGAUUGGCGAACAAGUUAUGGCUGAAAAUUCUGUUAUAGCCUCAAAUGUCCUCGAAGCUUUUCGUGAUGGAAUCAGCAUGCUCCUUCUCUCGCAGCCCCCUCCUUAUACCUCAAUAGAAGAUGAAGAUCCUAGAAGGGGGUGAAUAGGCUCACAAAUAGAUUUUCUCUGGGAUUGCAACUAGGUGAUCAAUCCAGAGAGUAGAUAUUGAAUAGAAUGUAUUGAACAAUCAAACAAACCAACUAAAGCAAUAAAGAACAUAGAUUUUUGUUAACGCAGUAAACACCCUAUCGAGGGAAAACAUCUGCGUGGCCUUUAACUCUUGAAAGACCAAACCAAAUCACUAGUGAAAAACAGAUUACAAGUCACAACACAAGGAUUGUACUGACCGCGACAAUCAUUCUUGGACUGACUUGUUUACAACUCUGGGAUUGCACUGACCGCGGCAAUCAGACUCACUAGAUGUUUUUCAAACUGUUUUCAAUCCUGGAACAAACCAGUUUGACAAAACAGAAAUACAUAGAGAACGACUCCUUUACAAUAAAGGGAUUGAAAAGAACAACUAUUUUCAAUCUCGAGAAGAACCACAGAACUCCUAUAUAUAUAGGGGGAAGAAAUCACCAAGAUUCCUUCAGUUUGGUUGAAGUGUGGCCACGAGAUGCAGAGGCACUGACUUCCCACUUCCUUCUUAGACAGCAAGGUCUUCAUGAUAUUACACUGAGUGGAUAGCAAAGAUUCCAUAAUAGGAAGAUAAGAAAGUACAAGCAAGAGAGAGAGCCCAUCCUGCGAUAUCCUUCAGCAUGCUUGAAGAGGACCUGACACACUUACAGUUUAAGCAUAUUUCAUGCUUUGUUAGAUUAUUCCAAUGCCAUAGAAAUAAACAAGUUGGUAUAUGGUUGCACAUGGGACUUGGGAGAGAUUUGUGUUUAGUGAUGAAUGCCAAUACUUUAAUACUAACAUUUUCUUCUUCACUCGGAUCCAUCUCAAGGGGAUAUUAAUUACCUCUCCAAGAUUUUCUUCCUCACCCGGAUCCAUCUCAAGGGGAUAUUACCUCUCCAAGAUUUUCUUUCUCACCUGGAUCUAUCUCAAUGGGAUAUUGCCUCUCCUUGCCAAUAUGUUAAUACUAACAGAAGACCCUGUCAUUUCCUGGGCGGCACUGAAGUUGGGCAUGGAAUUGGAAAUUGUGAGGCAGAGUAAUACCGUUGUCGAGGAUAAAGAAUUGACCACUGAUCAGGAAGGAAGAGGAGCAAUGAUGCGGAAGAACAGAGACAGUGAAAGAGAAAGAAUGUACUUGCAUUGCAGAGGACCUGCUACAAGUAUUUUGCCCAUUUGUUCACACUACCAUGACUGUGAAGGGAUGAUCAACGUCAUCGAAGAACGAAACAGGGUGACUUUUCAUAGAAAUGUCGAGGAUAUGCAGUCCAAGCAUCUUAAAACCAUGGCAUUUGCGUACAAGGAAAUUGAUGUCCCAACAAUGGAAGAAAGAGAUCUGAUAUUGCUGGGACUGGUUGGUCUGAAGUCAUGUUUGGAAAAGAUGAGGGAAUCAAUCAGAGCCAUAAGAAACGCUGGAGUCAAUAUCAUACUGGUUUCCGGAGAUGAUGUGCAGACACUAGUGAGCAUAGCUGAGCAUUUCAGAAUUCAGGGGGUGCCGAUUUCAAAUGAAAUGGUGACCACAGGUGAAAAGUUCAGGAAUUGCAGUGAUGAAGACAGGAUGAAGAUGGUAAGUGAAAUUUCAGUGAUGGGAAACUCACUCCCCUCCGACAAGCUUCUUCUGGUUAAGUGUUUGAAGCAAAAAGGGGAAACAGUAGCAGUCAUUGGAGUUAAAACGAAUGAGGCUCCUGCACUGAAAGAAGCUGAUGUUGGACUUACAAUGGGAAUAUGGGCCACCAAAAUGGCUAAAGCGAGUUCAGACAUCAUCGUAAGGGUUGCAGAUAUCAGUUGCCUGGUAAGUAUCCUCAGGCAUGGAAGAUGUGCUUAUUACAACAUUCAAAAGUACAUUCAACUUGAGCUUACUAUAGUCGCCGCAGGGCUUUUAGUAACAUUUAUCAUAGCAGCAUCUACAGGAAAUAUGCCCAUAACAAGUAUCCAAUUGUUCUGGGUAAAUUUGGUAGUGCCAAUGCUGGGCGGCCUGGCUCUAUUGACAGAGCUCCCAAGAAAGAAGUUAAUGGAGAAAUCACAAUCUGGACAAACCAAAGCAAUUAUUACCAUGGCCAUGUGCAGAAAUAUAAUAAUCCAAGCUUCAUAUCAAGCUGUUACUAUAGUCACCUUCCAUUUCAAGGGACAAGCAAUCUUGGGUGUUGAUGAAAAGGUUCGCAAGACUAUCAUCUUCAAUAGUUUUGUCAUCUGCCAGAUUUUUAACAAGUUCAGUGCGAGAGAGCUGGUAAAGAAAAAUGUGUUUAAGGCGAUCCACAAGAACCAAUGGUUUUGGGUGGCUUUGGCUGCAAUCCUAGUGCUACAGCUGAGUUUUAUUGAGAUUUCACAUGUGGUUGCUGGCGAUGCAAGGCUGAGCUUGGUGCACUGGGGUUUCUGCCUUCUUAUUGGGAUUGUUUCGCUAGGGAUGGAUAUAGCUGCAAAGGGCAUAUAUGAUUACUUGUCUUCUUUCGUCGAGUGAAUAAUGGGGUGCACAUUCAAAUAUUAACUGAUCAGAUCACGUUCUCUCUUAUCUAUACUUCCAAUCUUAAGCUGUUUAGAUCAACUAGCUAUACUAGGUUAUGCCUCUAUCUACUGUCAGUGUAAGGCUGUUUUCUAUACUUCAAAUCUUAAGCUGCUACCACCUAAGCUAGCUAGGAAGUUAUUGGCAUCCGAGUGAAGGCUCUGCAAAAGCACCAUCACUAGGCAGAUGUUCUAUGUAUACUUGUACUUUUGUUUG